UUAAUAACCUUAACAUAGAAGAAAACCAUGGCAGACAAUGAUGGAAAAAUAGACGAACAAGUGCACGAAGACUCUCGUUUCAGUCUGUUGACUGAUGCGUUGGAUCAAGCUACUCAGAAAGUAAUCAGCAAAAUUUUAAGCCAAAAAUCUUUUUCAGAUUGCCUUCCAUUUUUGAAAAAAAAAACGGAAAUUCUUGCCCAAUUACAUACAACAUUUGCCCAAAAAGUACAGUUUCACUUGAAGCAGGAGUUUGAUGAACUGUUUUCAACAUAUUCUCUAAAAGGAAAAUUGGAUUUUAUUGACAAACUUGAUAUUGAGCAAGCUGAGCUAUCCCAGGGUGAAACUGUUUGGAGACCAACAGGAGAUCCAUCAAAGGAUAUGCUAGCAUAUGAUAUUCCUGCCUUGCAGUCACAUAAAGAAGAACUCCUGUCAUAUCUGAUGGAACUUAAAGAAGAAAAUGAGGGUGAAAAGAAAAAAAUUCUCAAAGUUGUGGAAGGAAUUACGGAAACAGAAAAACUUAUUGAGGAAAUCUUGAUCCAAAAUGAGCAAACACUAGAAGUUUUAUCCAUUGUACCAAGUUUAUAAUCACAUUAUUUAGUUUGUACAUUACAUCAAAUCUCAAGCAA